UAAUGUGGCGAUUAUUCCUUUCUUGUUGAUUUCCUGACGCAGUCAUUGUGUCAUUACUGACUUGUUUCGAUUCUUGAUAAUAGAAUUGUAAAAGUCGUGUCACUAAAGUGUCUCAAUCGUGCCAUCACAGUGUUUCACUGCAGUCAAGAUAAGAAUUCUGAGUUCUGACGAUAGACGGUGAAGAAAAAUGUCGUCAAAUCCUGAGCCAUCUGAAAAAAAAACAACAACUGUAGAUAUCAGUGAACUGCAGCAAAAAUGUCCAGCGUUUAAAGAAGGCUGUCCUUUCCCCAAAGCCAAACAAAAGGAACUUAUCGAAUCGAUUGAGAAAUGCCCCGAGUUCCAGAACGGCUGUCCGUUUAAGGAAGCAAAAAGUGUUUCUGAUGUUUACAACAAGUUGUCAAAAAUUCCACAUAAAACUGGUAAUAAUGAUGAAAUAUCUGGUCAGAAGAUGGUGGAAAUGUUCAAGAGUAUGCAUGAUACUUCUGAAAAUCUUGAAGAAAAGAUAGGAGACUGUCCAGUGUUUCAUAAAGAUCAAGGUUGUCCAUUUAAAGAUGUUCGAGUCGAUGAUGGAAAACAUCUUGUUGAACUAGUAGAGGCUGUCACCCAUGAUCAGCCAUCUGAAAAAAAGACGACAACUGUAGAUAUCAGUGAACUGCAGCAAAAAUGUCCAGCGUUUAAAGAAGGCUGUCCUUUCCCCAAAGCCGAACAAAAGGAGCUUAUCAAAUCGAUUGAGAAAUGCCCCGAGUUCCAGAACGGCUGUCCGUUUAAGGAAGCAAAAAGUGUUUCUGAUGUUUACGACAAGUUGUCAAAAAUUCCACAUAAAACUGGUAAUAAUGAUGAAAUAUCUGGUCAGAAGAUGGUGGAAAUGUUCAAGAGUAUGCAUGAUACUUCUGAAAAUCUUGAAGAAAAGAUAGGAGACUGUCCAGUGUUUCAUAAAGAUCAAGGUUGUCCAUUUAAAGAUGUUCGAGUCGAUGAUGGAAAACAUCUUGUUGAACCAGUAGAGGCUGUCACCCAUGAUCAGCAAGUAAAACAUGAACUGAAGAAAGUUGAUGCCCAGGAUUUAGAAAAACAAUGUCCUGCUUUUACUGAUGGCUGUCCAUUUAUAAAAGUUGAAGACACAGCCAUGAAAGAAGCACUAAAAAAUUGCCCCGAGUUCUUAAAAGGUUGUCCAUUUAAAAAUGUCAGGAGCCUCGACGAGGUGUACGACAUGUUGUCCAAGGUUCCUCAUGCCGCUGGACACGAAGAACAGCUAUCUGGUGCGAAGUUGGUUGAAAUGCUCAAAAAAAUGCACAGCGAAUCUCAGGCUCUUGAAGAGAAGCUUGGAGAUUGUCCUGUCUUUCACAAGAGUGAAGGCUGCCCAUUCAAAAGCGUCCGCAGUGAAGGGAAGCACUUGGUUGAACCUGUUAGCACAGUUGUCUGUGCUUGAAAAAUGGCUGAAAUGACCAAAUCCAUUAGAACAGUCUGUUAUCAAUUAUCUUGUGUUUAUUCUUUAUCUACUCCUUUAUUGUGCAAACGAAAAUCAAUUUGAAUUCUUCUUUUAAAUAAAAUCUGUUUUCUUGAAAA